GAACAACGUGACCGGAGAUUUAGGCGAAGAUCUCCGCCAUAAUAGUUCGCGUUCGUUCAUCCCCUUGUCCGCGCCUCUUCCGCUGUGGAUUCACCGCGUCGAGACCUUUUGAUUUCGUGUAUGUGUCCCCCUCUAACAGGAACGCAGUCCGGGUUCUUGGCUCUGCGCUAGCCCAGGGUUUUGCGGAGGUUUUAGAGGGUCUCUUCGAUUUCUGCUGGAGCAGGGGAGUGAGGGAGUCUCGAUUUCUCGAGUAAGAUGAAGAAGGAUGAGAUGAACAAGGAGGAGAUAGCGGAGGACUACUGCUUCGCAUGCAAGGAUGGAGGGCAUCUGCGAGUGUGCGAUUUCAAGAAUUGUCUUAAAGCUUACCAUCCUGAAUGUGUGGAUAAGGAUUUCUCAUUCAUGGAGACUGAUGAACAUUGGACGUGUGGUUGGCAUUCUUGCUUUAUCUGCCAAAAGGCUUCAACUUUCCAAUGUUACUGCUGCCCAAGCUCUGUGUGCCGUUCAUGCAUAAAGGAAGCUGAGUUUGUUCAUGUUAAGGAAAGGACAAAGGGCUUCUGUAAUAAUUGCUUAAAGCUAGCAAUCUUAAUAGAAGAGAAUAUUGAUGUUGAUUCAGAUGGGGGAAAGGUGGACUUCAGAGAUUCUGAGACCUAUGAGUUCUUGUUUAAGGAAUACUGGGAAAUAAUAAAGGAUCAGGAAGGACUGAAGUUAGCUGAUCUGCAGACAGCAAAUACUCUUCUUAAAAGAGGUGAAAAUUUGAAGGGUGGAUCAGAUUCAGAUAGAUCUCCUGAAGAUGAUACAGGAUCUGAAUUUGAUGAGAUGGAAGAUAAUUUGGAUGAUGGGUUGCCAUUUCUUGAGGAACCGAAAGGGAGGCAUGGUAAAUCAAAAAAACGAAAGAAAAGGUCUAUGUCAAAGAAAAGAGUGUUUUCUAGUUGGGGCUCAGUGGAGCUCAUAAAAUUUCUUACAUCUAUUGAUAAGGAUACAAAAGAGCCACUUGCAUUGUUGGAUGCAUGUGACAUUAUAAAGGAUUACAUUCAAACAAACAACCUCUGUGAUCCAGAUACUAAAAAGAAAACUAAUGUAGUGUGUGAUGACAGACUGUAUGCCUUAUUUAGAAAAAGGAAAGUGAAGUUUCAUAAGAUACACAGCUUGCUGGAGAGUCACUUUGCUUCAGAUAAUGUCUCAGAUGAUGAAUUUAGCUCAGAAGAGGGUGAUGACUCAUUUGCAAGGCACAAGAAGAGAAAUACAGCUGCUGAUAGCAAGUCUAAUAAAUCACAUCCAAAGAAUUACAAGGAUGAUAUUUCUGUGCCAGCUAAAAGUUAUUAUGCCUCCAUAAUUGGAAGGAACAUAAAUUUAGUGUAUUUAAAGAGAUCUUUAAUUGUGGAAUUUCUUAGAAAUCCUGAUACUUUUGAAGAAAAAGUCACUGGCUGCUUUGUGAGGGUCAAAGUUGAUCCUAAUGAGUUCUACUCUGUACCGGAAAGGAUGUACAAGCUUGGACAGGUCACAGGUGUUAAGAAGGCCUUACAGGCAUACAAGAUAGGGGAAAUGUCUACAGAUAUGGUUCUAUGUGUUUCUGAUAUGCAUAAGGAUGUUCAAAUAUCGACGCUAUCCGAAGAUGACUUUGAGGAGGAUGAAUGUGAAUAUCUUUGCCACUUAGCCAAUGAAGGCCUCUUCAGAAGACCCACUGUCGCGGAGCUUGAAAAGAAGAUCAAAAUUGUUCAUGUUGAUAUAAUGAAUCAUUGGAUUGAUAAGGAGAUUGUGAAGCUACAAAAACUAAUAGAUCGAGCAAAUGAAAAAGGAUGGCGCAAAGAGCUAUAUGACUAUAUUGAUAAAAGAGAAAGGCUUCGUACAUCUGAAGAACGACAACGUCUUCUUCGGGAGAUUCCACCAGUGGUUGCUGAUACAUGUCAAAUUGAGCCAAAUACCAAUAGUCCACAUAAUUCUCUUGCAGAAAAGAAAGAAUGUAAACCAAUUGAAGCUACUCAAGUCAAUGCAACCAGCAUCAAUCCAAGUUUUUGAGAUUAAAGAUGAAGUCCCAAAUUCAACAAUAGCCAGCAAGAUACAAAUAAUGGAUCUCUAUGAGGAUACGAGAUUCAGAGAACAAGCCAGUUAAUAGAAGAUGCCGUAUUGUAGACAGACUCACUCCAUCUCUGUCAGUAGAAUUUCUUCAUAUACAACAUGUCAAGGCAGGUGGAGAUUGUUUGUCUGAUCUCACAGAAUGCUGCAUCCAAUACUAUAUAUAUAUAUAUA